GACUUUCUCUGAUGCAAGAUGAAUUUCCGGAAAUGAGAAAAAGGAGAGAACAGAAUCAAACAAACAAUCUUCUUCUUCUUCUUCUUCUUUGUUCCUCGUCAAGUCGUUUGUUUCUUUUUUGCUUUCAGUGAUGAUGAAAAGUUAGAUCAGAGAUUCACAUCUGAAUACUAUUCAACCUUUGACAAAAUGAUGAACACCCACAAUCCAUAACAUUACAAAUUGUUUGGAUUCUCAAAUGUUUAGGUUGUGGAAAUGGUACCAGAAUUGCUUGGCGUCUCACCCAGUUAAGACACAGGUCAUUAGCUCUGGUUUGAUUUGGGGGGUUGGUGAUAUAGCUGCCCAGACCAUCACUCACUCCACAGCCAACAAGCACAAUCAAAUUCAAACUCAUCAGGGAGAAGAUGAAGAGUUGAAGAUCAAUUGGAGAAGAGUGACUAAAACCAGCUUGUUUGGAUUUGGAUUCGUUGGGCCAGUUGGUCACCUCUGGUAUGAAGGUUUGGAUCGAUAUAUAAAAUCACGACUUCUACUGAAACAGAACUCAUUUCGGUUUGUUGCUACUAAAGUUGCGAUUGAUGGGUUUCUUUUUGGGCCAUUGGAUUUACUUGUAUUUUUCACUUACAUGGGUUUUGCUGCUGGAAAGAGUGUUCCUCAAAUCAAGGAAGAUGUAAAAAGGGAUUUUCUCCCUGCCUUUGUUCUUGAAGGAGGCAUAUGGCCAAUUGUGCAAGUAGUGAAUUUCCGAUUUGUACCUGUUAGGUAUCAACUCCUCUAUGUCAACUUCUUCUGCUUGUUGGAUAGCUCUUUUCUGUCAUGGCUCGAGCAACAGGAGGAUGCUCCAUGGAAACAAUGGUUGAAAUCUUGCUUAAGUUUUAGUGAACAAAAAGGCAAAGGUGUAUGAUUGCCCGCUGAUGACUAUUUCAGCUGAUUAUGGUGGAAGCAGACAUCAGAAAAUGUAAAAACACUUGAGAGUGAAUACUUAGUUACCGAGUUUUUUGAAGUUAGGACUUGGGAAGUAGUGGAUUUGCUCUCAUGCUUAUCCAGUCCUCGCUUGCAAUACCAGUAUUACUGAUUUGUAUUGUCAAUACAUGUUUCAAUAAAGAUUACAUUCAUUUUCUUUGCUA